AGACUCGGACUGAUGAACCCGGCCCGCCGAACUCCGCGCCUUUUUCUUUUCGGUCAGCCGUUCGAGUCACGAUGUUUCCGCGGAUUUUAUCGCGCGCUCAUCGAUCUGUGCUUUACAGCCGACGAAUUCUACCCAUUCGCCGAACCAUGGCGUCCCAGGUCGACAAGACAGCCGUUCCGUUCGACAAGACCGCGCUCGAGGGCGUCCUGAACCGCAGAUUCUUCUACGCCCCCGCAUUUGAGAUCUACGGCGGUACCGCUGGGCUCUACGACUAUGGCCCCCCCGGCUCUGCGCUGCAGGCGAACAUCAUCGCGGAAUGGCGCAAGCACUUCAUCGUCGAGGAAGGCAUGCUCGAGCUCGACACCACCAUCAUGACCCCCGCGCCCGUGUUUGAGACGUCUGGUCACGUCGCCCGGUUCGCGGACUGGAUGGUCAAGGACACGAAGACGGGUGAUGUCCUGCGCGCCGAUCACCUCGUCAAGAACGUCCUGGAGGCGCGGCUCGCGGGGGACAAGGAGGCGCGCGGUGUCGCAGCGCAACCUGCGCCCGAGGACGAGAAGGAAAAGAAGAGGAAGAAAAAGGCAGCGAAGAGCGCGGCUGUCAAGCUCGCCGACGAGGUCGUGACGGAGUACGAGACGGUACUCGCGCAGCUCGACAACUUCUCCGGGCCCGAGCUUGGGGAGCUGUGCCGCAAGUACGCGAUCCACAACCCGGACACGGACAAUGAGGUGUCGGAGCCCGUGCAGUUCAACCUCAUGUUCCAGUCGAGCAUCGGGCCGACGGGCGCGUACCCGGGCUACCUGCGCCCCGAGACCGCGCAGGGCCACUUCCUCAACUUCUCGCGCCUGCUCGAGUUCAACAAUGGGCGCGUGCCGUUUGCGUCCGCGCAGGUCGGCCGCUCGUUUCGCAACGAGAUCUCCCCGCGCGCGGGCCUCCUGCGCGUGCGCGAGUUCACCAUGGCGGAGAUCGAGCACUACGUCGACCCGGAGGACAAGUCGCACCCGCGCUUCGCUGAGGUGCGCGACACGCGCAUGGUUCUCCUCGACCGCGGCACGCAGGCCGGCGGGCACACGACCACGCGCGAGCUCACGAUCGGCGAGGCGGUCGACCAGGGCGUCGUCGCGAACGAGACGCUCGGCUACUUCAUGGCGCGCAUCCACACCUUCCUGCUCAAGAUCGGCAUCAACCCCCAGCGGCUGCGCUUCCGCCAGCACAUGGCGAACGAGAUGGCGCACUACGCGACGGACUGCUGGGACGCGGAGAUCCACAACUCGACCGGCUGGACAGAAUGCGUGGGCUGCGCGGACCGCGCGGCGUACGACUUGACGGUGCACAGCAACAAAACUGGCCAUCCUCUUGUCGUUCGCGAGGCGCUCAAGGAGCCGAUCGUCGAGGAGAAGGACGUGCCGGAGUGGAAUAAGAAGGUGCUCGGCAAGACCUACAAGGCUGACGCCAGCAAGAUCACCGAGGCCGUCGAGAAGCUCGAUCAGGCAGCGCUCGCCGAGGUGAAGAAGUCUUUGGAGGGCGGCAAGGCCACCGUCACAUUAGCAGACGGUCGGCAGUUCGACUUGACUUCCGAAGUCUUGACGAUCCCUCGAAAGACGCUGAAGACAUCAGUGCGCGAGUUUACGCCAAAUGUCAUCGAGCCAUCCUUCGGCCUCGGUCGCAUCCUAUAUACCCUUCUCGAACACAGCUUCUGGAUACGCGCCCCGACAAAAGACGGCGAGCGCGCCGAACGCGGUGUCCUCUCCCUCCCCCCUCUCGUCGCACCUACCAAGGUCCUCAUCGUCCCCCUCAGCGCAAAAGAGGAAUUCGACCCGCUCGUGGCCGAAGUUUCCGCCAAGUUCCGCAAAGCGGGCAUAUUCUCCCGUGUGGAUGACUCUAACGCGUCCAUCGGCAAGCGCUACGCGCGCAACGACGAGCUCGGCACGCCCUACGGCGUCACGCUCGACUUCGCGUCCGUGCAGAAGCGCACGAUGACCCUGCGCGAGCGCGAUACGAUGGACCAGCGGAUCGGGUCCAUCGACGAGGUCAUCGCGACCGUCGCUGACCUCGUCCACCACCGGAUCGACUGGGAGGGUGCGUGCGCGCGGCUGCCAGCCUACGAUGGUGUGCAGGCGGUUGAGUAGAUGCCCUUGCGCUUGCCAACUGCUCGAAUAACUACCCUGUAUAUUAUUGUCUGCCUCCCCUUGCCAAAGAUCGGACAGCCACUCACGACCAAAACUCGGAGUAUGGAUGCAGUGGAAG